UCCUUCCUUCCUUUCUUUAGACCUCUAUAUCUUCCUUCCUUCCUUCCUUCCUUUCCUCCUUCCUUCCUCCCUUCCUUCCUUCCUUCCUUCCUUCCUUCCUUUCCUCCUUCCUUCCUUCCUUCCCUUCCUUCCUUCCCUCCCUCCCUCUCUCCUUCCUCUAUUCUUCCUUCCUUCUUUCCUUUCUUUAGACCUCUAUAUCUUCCUUCCUUUCCUCCUUCCUUCCUUCCUUCCUUCCUUCCUUCCUUCCUUCCUUCCUUCCUUCCUUCCUUCCUUCCUUCCUCCCCUCCCUCCCUCCCUCCCUCCUUCCUCUAUUCUUCCUUCCUUCCUUCCUUUCUUUAGACCUCUAUAUCUUCCUUCCUUCCUUCCUUCCUUCCUUCCUUCCUUCCUUCCUUCCUUCCUUCCCUCCCUCCCUCCCUCCCUCCCUCCCUCCCUCCCUCCCUCCUUCCUCUAUUCUUCCUUCCUUCCUUCCUUUCUUUAGACCUCUAUAUCUUCCUUCCUUCCUUCCUUUCCUCCUUCCUUCCUCCCUUCCUUCCUUCCUUCCUUCCUUCCUUCCUUCCUUCCUUCCUUUCCUCCUUCCUUCCUUCCUUCCUUCCUUCCUUCCUUCCUUCCUUCCCUCCCUCUCUCCUUCCUCUAUUCUUCCUUCCUUCUUUCCUUCCUUCCGACCUCUAUAUCUUCCUUCCUUCCUUCCUUUCCUCCUUCUCCUUCCUUCCUUCCUUCCUUCCUUCCUUCCUUCCUUCCUUCCCUCCCUCCUUCCUCUAUUCUUCCUUCCUUCCUUCCUUUCUUUAGACCUCUAUAUCUUCCUUCCUUCCUUCCUUUCCUCCUUCUCCUUCCUUCCUUCCUUCCUUCCUCCCCUCCCUCCCUCCCUCCUUCCUCUAUUCUUCCUUCCUUCCUUCCUUUCUUUAGACCUCUAUAUCUUCCUUCCUUCCUUCCUUCCUUCCUUCCUUCCUUCCUUCCUUCCUUAUUUCCUUCUUUCCUUCCUUCCUUCCUUCCUUCCUUCCCUCCCUCCUUCCUCUAUUCUUCCUUCCUUCCUUCCUUUCUUUAGACCUCUAUAUCUCCCUUCCUUCCUUCCUUCCUUCCUUCCUUCCUUCCUUCCUUCCUUCCUUCCUUCCUUCCUUCCUUCCUUCCUUUCCCUCCUUCCUCUAUACAUUAUUUUUUUCUCUCCCUCCCUUCCUCCUCUCCUUCCUUUAUAUAUACGUUCUUUCUUCCCUUCUUCCUUCUUCUAUUCCAUACCUUCCUCUUUUCCUUCCUCCCUCCCUCCUUCCUCUCUGUGUCAACAUGGCAAGCAAUGUGUCUCAACCGUCUGACCUGGUUGUGGUUUUCUAUCCCUUUCUUUUCUUCCUUUUUUUUAUCAGGGUGAGAAUUUUACCCCUUUGGGGCGCUAUGAGUUUUCUAGGCUGUCUGGACAUGUUCCAGAAGCAUUCUCUCCUGACGUUUCGCCCACAUCUAUGGCAGGCAUCCUCAGAGGUUGUGAGGUAUGGAGAAACUUAAGCAAGGAAGGUUUAUAUAUAUCUGUGGGAAGUCCAGGGUGAGGGAAGAACUUGACAACACACCUUGAUUAGCAUUGAAAAUCCUUGCAGCUGCAAAGCCUGGCUGAUUCCUGCUUGGGAAAAACCAUUGUUGGAAGAUGUUAGCUGGCCCUGAUUGUUUCCUGUCUGGAAUUCCUCUGUUUUCUGAGUGUUGUUCUUUAUUUACUGUCCUAAUUUUAGAGUUUUUUUUUUUAAAAUACUGGCAGCCAGAUUGUAUUCAUUUUCAUGUUUUCCUCCUUUCAAUGCUAACCAAGGUGGCCAUUUGCAACAUUCACACUUGUCUUAAACAGACAAGAGUUCUUUCUCCCACUCUGGAUGUCAUCCCACAGAUACAUAAACCCCACUUGCUCGUUUCCAACAGACCUCACAACCUCUGAGGAUGCCUGCCAUAGAUGUGGGCGAAACGUCAGGAGAGAAUGCUGCUGGAACAUGUCCAUACAACCUGGACAUCCCACAGAUACAUAAACCCCACUUGCUCGUUUCCAACAGAUCUCACAACCUCUGAGGAUGCCUGCCAUAGAUGUGGGCGAAACGUCAGGAGAGAAUGCUGCUGGAACAUGGCCAUACAACCUGGACAUCCCACAGAUACAUAAACCCCACUUGCUCGUUUCCAACAGACCUCACAACCUCUGAGGAUGCCUGCCAUAGAUGUGGGCGAAAUGUCAGGAGAGAAUGCUGCUGGAACAUGGCCAUACAACCUGGACAUCCCACAGAUACAUAAACCCCACUUGCUCGUUUCCAACAGACCUCACAACCUCUGAGGAUGCCUGCCAUAGAUGUGGGCGAAACGUCAGGAGAGAAUGCUGCUGGAACAUGGCCAUACAACCUGGACAUCCCACAGAUACAUAAACCCCACUUGCUCGUUUCCAACAGACCUCACAACCUCUGAGGAUGCCUGCCAUAGAUGUGGGCGAAACGUCAGGAGAGAAUGCUGCUGGAACAUGGCCAUACAACCUGGACAUCCCACAGAUACAUAAACCCCACUUGCUCGUUUCCAACAGACCUCACAACCUCUGAGGAUGCCUGCCAUAGAUGUGGGCGAAACGUCAGGAGAGAAUGCUGCUGGAAUGUGGCCAGACAGCCUGGAAAACUCGCAGCAACCCAGUGAUUCCGGCCAUGAAAGCCUUCGACAACACAUUCUACCCCUUUGUUUGUUUGAGUGAUGUCUCUAAAUGACCCCCUUUUGUCCUUUUUGCACCCAUCUGUCUGCGGGCCAAAGGUCAUUCCCGAAAGACAUGCUCCCAGGCUUGAUGUGGGAACUGGAGCAACAACUGGGUUUAUUGCGGCUGAAUCCGGAGAAGACACCUGGAGAGGCGGCGGAGACGGACAGCUGGCCCAGUUCAGGGUCCUACUCACGGAUCAUUGGACGCCCGGAAUCCCGCCUCGGCUUUGCCAGCGAGCGGCCCAAGUCCGUAGGCGACGUAGCAAACAGCAGCAAAGACGGCACCAGCCGGGGCACCGUGCCGCGUUCCUUCUCGGCCCCAUACUCCACCUCCCAGGACUACCCGGAAAACCCCAAGCCGGCCCGCUACCCGCCGGACCCGUUCCUGUACCCGAGCCCGCUCCACGCGGUGGCCCUGCAGAGCCCCUUGCUCCGGAGCCACCUCUACGAAGACUCCGCUUUCGCCUCGGCGGCCUCCCAAGCCUUGGCGUAUCCUCCCGACCAAGACGGCUUCGCCUUCUACGACGAGGCGGCUUCCCACUGCCACAAAGUGGAGAGCUACAUCUCGCGCCUCAUCCGCCGACGCAGCCAGCUCGUCCGGGGCAGCAAACCCCGCACGAGCUUGGGAUCGGAGCCCAACGUGGUCCGGCAGAAUAGUCUCUGCAAGAGGCCUUUGGAGUUGUUGCCGCCGCCGCAAAGCGAACGUAAACACCCGCCGUCCGUGGAAAGAGGGAGCAGCACGCCGUCGCCGUGUGGACAUGAAGGCGGGACGGCUGCGGCGGCACGGAUCUGGUCGUCGUGGGAUGCUGCUGCAGAGAGGACACUGUCCACUAAAGUGGAUGACUACAGUCCUCCGCCUCCGUCCAGCCUCAAAAAGCCGCCCAAGCUCCAAGCUCUGGCUCACAUGCGGUCACCCUCGGCGGAUCAAUACGAGGCAGUUUAUCCAUCAUCACCUUUGCCGGACAGAGAGAGCACCAACGUCCAAGCGUCCUACGAUGCCGAGGAAGGGGCCUGCUUGAUGGUGAAGGCCCAGUAUAUCCCAGCUCAGCAACCCUCCAGGGUCCAGCAGGCCCACCACCGCCCGGGCAAAAAGAAGCCCCCUCCGCUCACAAAGGGACGCUCGGUGGAACUGUCUCCGGAAAGGGUCCCGCUUUUGCCCAGGGAGCGCCCACGGGUUUCCGGACCCCCGAAGAAGUGUCGCUUCACCGAAGACGGAAGCGGCGACGUUCGGAAAGCUUCUGGGAGGAAAAGCUCGCCCCGUUCCCGGAAAGCCGCUCGGUCCCAGUCGGAGAACAGCCUCCUGAACAAGCCGGGGGUCAAGUACGGGACGGCCGAGCGCCACGACGAAGCAGCGACGAAACCGUCGCGGCAACGCCGUCCUCACAUCGGGAGCACUGCAAGCGGCUGCCGCAAAUGGCGCUCCACGGCAGAGAUUUGCCAAGAGGAGUUGUCUCCCGGAAACGCGGCGGAGGCAAGUCGCGGCCAACGCGGAGUGACGGCGAUCGGGUACACGUACAACACCGGGAGCGACUCCGAGUGUCCGGCUGAGCCGCCCCGGCAAGCACCGACGUGCCGCAUGGAAGAAGGCUUAGUCUAUGGAGACAGCGAGUCCAGCGUCAGCGACGGGGACUCGCCGGCCGUGUAUAGCAGCGGGGCCUCCAGCGACACGGACGAGAGCGGGGGCCUCGUGUGGCCCCAGCAGCUCUCCCCGCAACUCGUGUCGGCCUCCGGGCCGGGGAAGACGUCCGGCGGGCAGCCCAAGGUCUUUGUCAAGAUCAAGGCUUCCCAUGCGCUCAAGAAGAAGAUCAUGCGCUUCCGGUCCGGCUCCCUCAAAGUCAUGACCACGGUGUAAAGGGAGUCCGUUCGCAUCUACAUCCCUUCUUCUGUGGCUGAAAGUCUCCCCCCGCAAAUGUUAUCCCCUGCAUUCCCGUCCCAGCAUUGACCCCACGGACCAGUGGUUACCAGUCUUUGGUCCUCCAGGAUCCUCAACCAUUGGCCAAGGCAAAAGAGCUUUUGGGGGAUAAAGUCCAAAAUAUCUGGAUGACUAGAGUUUGGGAAUCAAUUAGUUCCCAACAUUUAAUCUUCCACUUGUUUGCGACUUCAGUUCCCAGAAUCCCCAACCAUUGGCCAAAGAAACUGAGGUUCUGGGAUUUGAAGUCCAAAACACUUGGAGGACUAAACCUCCGGAAUCAAUUUAUUAGAUUAGUGGUGCCAACCUUUGGUCCGUCCUCCAGGUCUUCAAAGUCCCAGAAGUCCCAUCCAGUUUGGCCAGUUGUAGGGAAUUUUAUCAACUGAAGUUCCAAACAUACUUAGAGGACCAAAUGUUGGUCUGAUCAGCUUCACUGCCCUUGACAAGAGCCGGGGAUGUUGGGUAUCCUAGUCCUUGUCUCCCCAGCUGCACGAAAAAUGUGUCUUUCUUGUUCAUCCUGUUUUUUGGACUCUUAACUUCCAGAAUCCCUUUUCUACCAGCAAUUCUGAGAGAGUUCCAAAAAAAGGUUGCAAACUCUUCUUUUCCAUGCUUCUUUUGAACCAGUCCAUUUUUAAAAAAGAGGUUAUUUAUUAUGGGUUUUUGUACAGCUGACUUCUAAGGAGCCACCUUUUUGGGUAUCAACGCUCCGGAACCCGAAUCCAAUCCAUGCUGUCCGUCUUGUAUUUCGAUACGGAUGUUCCUUCUUCUGUGUUUGUAAAUAAAAUUGGGUGUUUUUUC